AUGGCCUUCCCAGUCAACAAGGAACUGAUUUCCACGUCCUCAGCGACGAACAUCCAGGAUAUGGCAGACCGUGUAGAUGGGUUGGUUGUUCAAAAGCCGGGCGGGGGGUGGGGUGUUGGUAGGUGGGCUCAGGGGACUCGUGGAGACGGGUUUCAGCUGAGAGACGUGGAAGGAGUCCAGGAGAAGGCCUUUAAUGUGGAGGUUCCUGUGUCCGUUUGCAGUGAGAAGUGCCCUCCAGGAACACGUAAAGUUCUCCAGAAAGGGAAACCUGUUUGCUGCCAUGAUUGUGUAAGAUGCGCAGAGGGAGAAAUGAGCAACAUCACAGACGAAUCCUGGUCAAAUGACAGAAGAGAUGCCUGUGUAACAAACGAAGCUGUUUUUCUGUCCUAUGAAGAAAUUAUGGGGAUGAUUCUCACCGCUGCAGCAUUAUUUGGAACAUGUAUGACAGCUGCUGUAGCUGUCAUUUUCUUCAGACACAGGACAACUCCUCUUGUCAGAGCAAACAACUCUGAGCUGAGCUUCCUGCUGCUUUUCUCCUUGACUCUGUGUUUUCUCUGCUCUCUGACCUUCAUUGGACGUCCCUCUGAGUGGUCCUGUAUGCUCCGUCACACAGCUUUUGGCAUCACCUUCGUCCUCUGCAUCUCCUGUAUUUUAGGGAAAACAAUGGUGGUUUUAAUGGCGUUUAAAGCUACACUUCCAGGCAGUAAUGUGAUGAAAUGGUUUGGGCCUACCCAGCAGAGACUCAGUGUUCUUUGUUUAACUUUUAUACAAGUUAUAAUAUGUAUUCUCUGGUUGACAAUUUCUCCUCCUUUUCCAUCUAAGAACUUUAAAGUAUUUAAAGAUAAAAUUAUCUUGGAGUGUGCUCUGGGUUCAGCUGUAGGAUUCUGGGCUGUACUUGGGUACAUUGGACUUCUCGCUGUGCUGUGUUUUGUUUUUGCUUUUUUGGCCCGAAAACUACCUGAUAAUUUCAAUGAAGCUAAAUUUAUCACCUUCAGCAUGCUGAUAUUCUGUGCAGUUUGGAUCACUUUUAUCCCAGCAUAUGUCAGCUCUCCUGGAAAAUUUAGUGUUGCUGUAGAAAUCUUUGCCAUUCUUGCUUCUAGUUUCGGACUGCUGAUUUGUAUCUUCAUCCCAAAGUGUUACAUCAUGUUACUGAAACCAGAAAGAAAUACAAAAAAGUAUAUGAUGGGGAAGGGAUCACAAAAAUAA